GUUGCAUCGUUUUUCGUGUUAUUUUCUUUGUCUGCGUUUUUCUUGUUUUUAAAAGUUUAAUUGUAUUUAACAGUUUUGCUCAUCAUCAAACAAAUAAAUACUUUGGAGUUACAAUGGAAUCGAAUAGUGAACCGUGCUUAGAACGUCACUUUACAGGACAUAGCGGAGAUAUUACACAAAUAUGCUUUAGUCCUUCCUCAAAUUAUUUAGCCUCAAGUUCCUUAGAUUCCUCUGUGAUGAUUUGGGACUUACAACAGGCUGCCCGUUGCAUACGAUUUAGUGGUCACACCGAAAAAGUUCACUCCGUUGCUUGGGCACAGGCUUGUAAUUUAGUUGUAUCUUCGUCUGAAUCAGGAUUGAUUAAAAUAUGGGAACCAAAAAUACGAGGAAUAUCCAAAGAAUUUAUUGCUCAUAGUCAGCCAGUUCGCACUGUAGAUUUCGACCCAACAGGUACAUUGAUUUUGACUGGCUCCGAUGACAAGUCUAUGAAGUUGUGGAAAGCUUCGACCAAAAAGUUUGUUGCCUCGUACACUGGCCACAAAAAUUGGAUUCGAAGCUCCAAAUUCAAUCCUGCCGGCAAUUUAAUUGCAUCCACUGGAGACGAUAAGCAUGUUAAACUAUUUGAUGUUAAUAAAUGUGUGUGUAUUUCUUCUUUCACCGAAGAAAAAGGUUCGGGAAAACAAAUAUCGUGGCACCCCGAUGGCAACUUAGUAGCUGUUGCUUUGACAAGCAACAGGAUCAAGAUAUACGACAUAAGAACUGAAAGCCUGAUCCAACUUUAUCAGGUGCAUGCAGGGCCAGUUAAUAGCAUUGCGUUUCAUCCCUCUGGUAAUUACAUCCUGUCUGGGAGUGAUGAUGAAACCAUGAAGAUGUUGGAUUUAUUAGAAGGAAGACCCCUAUUUACACUAACAGGCCACACACAAAAAGUAACAGCGGUCGCUUUUUCCUCAGACGGGCUACAAUUUGCAUCUGCGGGAUCAGACAAACAGCUCCUGGUGUGGAAAUCUAAUUUGAAUGCCUCUGAAUCGUCAAUAUUGGAAAUGACCCCAAGUGGUGCAAAUAACAACAGUUUUACUGAGGUGCUAAUUGACCCCAAGAAAAAGGAUGUAUAUGGGGCACAGGAUGAAAAUUUUCAUAUUGAAGAUAUCGCAUCCCAAAAUGAAUACUAAAAAACCUUUAUAAGGAUUUAUUAAAAAAUAUAAUCUUAUUAUUUAUUCAAUACAAAAAUUACUAAAACAUCUUAUACACCUGAAGCAAAUCUUUACAAAAAUAAUCCAGUGAUCCUCUGAUCAUUAAUUUUUAAUUAAUAA